AUAAUUAAAGCUAAAUUAGCAUUCUGUUAUGUGCAUAAAUUCAACCUAUCAAGUACUAUAAGGAAAAUACUUGUUUGCUUUACAAGAAAAAGAAAGGGAACCAAUCAAGUGGCAUUCUAGCUAAGAAACUCUAUAUUUCUAAACGCUCGAGUGAUCAGAGAUAGAGGUAGAGAGAGAGCGAGAAGAUGGGAAGGCGGACGGUCACAGGCAUGGCGGAUGGCACGGAGCAGAGAGUUCUUUGGCAGAAAGGAACAGGGUCGAGCAGAUCAAGGCCGAAUGACUGGAGCCACGGGGAUAUGUGGAGAACUUUCCUUCAUUUUGGAAGAGUGUUUGCCAUUUACAGUCCACAAAGAGAAAACAAAGAGGGAAGAAUAUUUGGGUUUGUAAGGUUCCUGGAGGUGAAAGAUGAGAGGGAACUUGAAAGGCGCCUGAAUGGGAUUCAAGUAGGUAAUUUUACUUUGAAGGUGAAUAGACCGAAAUACAGCCUACAAGAGAAAGCUGAUGCACCAUUCGCGAGGAACAUGGGUGGUGUUCAACAACACAGAAGCUACGCGGAGGUGGUGAAGGAGGGCCAACAGGUGAAAGGAAAGCUGAAUAGAAUUGAUGGUGAGCAUGGAGGGCAAACAUGGAAGGCUAAGGAAGAAGUUAAUAAUCAAACGGGACUCAAAUUAAAGGCCACGAAGGAUGACGAGGAGUGGCUGAAAGGAUGCAUGGUUGGUACAGUUCAUUCUGUAGAGUCGGUUCCACUUUUGCAGGAAAAGUUCUUUAUGGAAGGCUACUUUACCUGCAAAAUCCGUCCAAUGGGAGGGAAACUAGUGUUGCUAAAAGGAAGUGACAGGGACGAAAUGAAGGAUCUUGUGGAGCUUACCGCUGAUUGGCUUGGACACUGGUUUGAAGACAUCAAGCCUUGGUCCCUUGAAAUAGUGGCAACUGAACGUUUCACUUGGUUAAAAUGUCAAGGAAUGCCUGUUCAUGGCUGGAAUUCAGAUAACUUUUCGACUUCAAGCUGUUUAUUUGGAAAGUUUCUGUGCUUAGAUGACAGUACAAGCAAAAGAAAGCGCUUCGAUGUGGCAAGGUUUCUCAUCUCCACUCCAAUUAUGGAAUUUAUCUCAAGGACAAUUACAAUUACAGUCAAUGGAGCCUUAUACAAGAUCAAAGUCAUGGAGGAGGAAUCCACAAAUAGCUUAUUUAGAAUGACUUCAGAUUGGGUUUCGGCUGAAAAGUGGAACUCAGAGGAUCAUGAAUCCGGGUCGGGUGCUAGUGAUUCUAGUGGCAAAUAUGAAUGUGAGAAGGAAGAAAGGUCAGUGAACAAACCCAAAGAUGGGAGUGACAACGGCAUGCAAGGAAAAGACGUGCAGGAAAUAGGUGUCAGUAUGACCGCUGAAAGUUCCCAAGGCAUGCAGUCGAAUGAUGAAUAUAAAGAGUUGAACGGUAUAGAGGAUACAAAGGGAAUUGGGCCUAUUGAGGAUAACAACAAUGGGCUUUUGGAGUAUGAAAAACUUGGGCUGGUUGUCCAAGAAGCAAAUAAAGAUGGGAGAAAGAAAGAAGCAAAAGAAGAGAGAAAGAAGCAAAAGAAGAGAGAAAGAAGCAAAAGAAGAGAGAAAGAAGCAAAAGAAGAGAGAAAGAAGCAAAAGAAGAGAGAAAGAAGGCAAGCAAAAAAGGCAAGGCUGUGUAUUGAGGUCUUCAAGCAUUCUAGACGCUGUUCGGAAACAAAGGGGACUAAAAGGGGGAAGCGGUUGCUAAGCUACAAGGAUAGAUGCUCAGAAAUCGCCCCGGAGUUUCUGCUGGCAUCACAAAGCAGAGUAGCUGGGAUUUCUGUAACAGAUAGCGACAUCAGAAAUAGAAAUCGAAGUCUUCUUGGUUGUCAUCGGAGCAAAGAAGCAAAGAAAAUCUGGGAAUUUGGGAAGAAAAUUGGAGUAACAACUGACGAAAAUGAAGUUGAGAUUGCUCAAAAAAUUGAAGAAAUGGAAGACAGGGAUCGAAGGGCAAAACAAGCUUUGGAGAAGCAAGACGAGAAGGAAGGUAGAGCAGGUGAUUUCAACGCUGUGAAAGAGCAUCAAGAACGUGCUGGAAGCAGGGGAAAUGCUAGAGAAAUUAGAGAGUUCAAAAACUUCAUCAUGGAUUCAGGCUUGAUUGAUUUGCCAUUAAUUGGGAGAAAAUACACAUGGUAUCAUUCAAAUGGAACCUCAAUGAGUAGACUGGACAGAUUUUUAGUCUCAGAAGAAUGGCUAUUGAAUUGGGAAGAUCCAGGAUUUGAGAAGUUAAUACAGGAUUCUUGGUCAUCUACUAAGAUUCACGGGUGGAAAGGCUAUAUCUUGAAAGAGAAAUUGAAAGGAUUGAAAGGUGCUCUAAAGAAUUGGAGUAGAAAUUAUAUGGUGGAGGUCGACAAAAAGAUUUCUACUGCAGAAGAUAAAAUUGCAGAACUUGACAAGAAAGGAGAAAGACAAAGGCUUAAUGUUAGAGAGGUGCAAGCCAGAAAAGAAUCAUUUGUAGAACUCUCGAAGAAUGUCAGAAUCAAAAAUAGGAUGUGGCAUCAAAAAGCUCGAAGAAUGUGGCUACAAGAAGGUGAUGCUAAUACAGCUUUUUACCAUAAAUGCAUCAAGAGUAGAUUGAUGAAAAAUGAAAUAAAUUGCAUUAUGGUUAAUGGUUACCAACGUGUUGAGGUGGAUGACAUUAGAGAGGAAAUUGCUAAAUAUUUUCAAUCAUUAUUUAAGAAUGAAGAAUGGGUUAGACCAACACUUGGUGGGCUGAAUUUCAAUAUGAAGAAUGGGUUAGACCAACACUUGGUGGGUUGAAUUUCAAUCAAAUCUCUGAAUCACAAAAUCAAAUGCUCACAGCUCAAUUCUCUGAAGAGGAAAUUAAGGCAACAAUUUGGGAUUGUGAUAGUUCAAAGGCGCCAAGUCCUGAUGGUUUCAACUUCCAACUUUAUUAAGAAAAAUUGGGAGAUAAU